GAUCGAUAUAGUGUUGUAACAAGUUUAGAUUAUAUAGCAAAGGUAUAUUGACAAUUAUUUUACUUCUUAUUUUUUGAUUUUUGCUAUAAGAAAGAAUCAGCUAUUUCACUUGGGUUUUUAUUAAAUAUUUUUUCUCUUUAGAAAUAGUAUGCCGGAUACUGGAGGUUCAACUACUUCUCAAUCAACAAACGAUUCAUCAGCACGACCACGUUGGCCCAGAAAAUGGGCAACAUUAGGUGGUCGUACCACAACCAAUAAUUCUGUGUAUGAUUCAUCAAACUUUGAUGAAUUCUCAACAAAUGGUCAUUCACAUUCAAAAAUUAAUGGUAAUGGUCAAAUAAAUGGUUCGUCUUCUGGGUCACAGCAUCCUCAUUCAUUAUGGCGCAAAGCAUCAACAAUUAGUCGUACAACUACGACAAAUGAUAAAGGUCAAAAAUUAUAUGGAAAUGGUACUGAUGAUCAUCUUGGUAGUGGUGCAUCACCAUUGAAAAAAUCUCGCUCGUUAAUGAAUGUGUUGCGUUCAAAGUUAAAUUCACCAGCUGUUCUAAGACGUUUUCGUACAAAAAGUCGCGAGAGUAUUAAAUAUACAAUACAACAUCCACACCACCACCAACAACAACGAAAUGAGGAUGAUUUGGACUAUACUGAUCAUGUUACACAGAAAAAUGAAAAUUAUAUUCGUAACAAUACAGAUUAUUCAAAACAGCAUCAUCACCAUCAACAACAAUCUCUAUUAAUCAACGAAAUUAAACAAAAAUCAUCAUCAUUACCGAAAUCGAAGUGUACAUCCAGUUAUACAACAACAACGGGAGCAGCAAAAAAGAAAAAACCACCUCUACCAACGGCAGAUGCUCCACAUAAGGAUAAUGAUAGAGAAGGGCUACAAAAAACAAGAGAACGUCCAAGAAUAAGAGAUCCAUCACCAAUGAGAAGGUUUGCAAAUCGUAUAGCUCAAUUAACAACAGGAAAACAUUCAUCAGAAAAUCAGCACAACAAAGAGAAAAAAACUGAAGAAAAUCGACGAAGUGUUUCACCAUCAGCGAAAUCUUCUCGUUCAACAACAGCAAAAUCGAUCGAUGGUUCAAGAGAAGGCACAAUGGAGAAAGGUCAUAUUGACAACAAUCAUAAUCAUUCACAAACAAGUGAAGUUAUAGAAAAUAUAAAUGCUCGAUAUGAUGAAAUUCGUGCACGAUAUGGUAUAUCAGCCAAUGCCAAACGCAUUACAGCAACAUCAGCAGCCAUUGGUCUGUUAGGUGAUCAUCCAUGUGCUCCACCUCGUAAAAAUGAUGCUGAUAAAUUAAGCCCAACUCAACGAUUAAAAGAUAUAUUAGGUCAAGAGCCACCAAUGAAUGAGCUUGAUACAAUAUUCAAUCGUUCUAGUCUUCUGUCUGACAUGUCUGAACCAUUAGACAAAAUAAAUCGUCAAAAUUCAAAAAUAUUAAAUGAUACUGAUUCUCUCGUUGUGAAUCGUUCACUGUCAACAAUAUCCAUGAACGGAAGUAUGAGAAGUACAAUGACAACAGAUAAUUCAUUUCAUCAACAACAAACAAAAUUAAUUAUAACCGAUACGGAUCCAUUAUUAGUGGCUAGAAAACAAUCGAAUAUUAAAUUAAAUUGUUUGUUAAGUGGAUACGGUUUUCAAAAUCCAUUUUCACAAGAGAAUAAAGAUCAUGAUCUAUUUAAAUUUCAUCAUUAUCAUGAUGUUGGCAAAGUCAAGUAUGAUUUUGGGAAUGGAGAUUCAUUUAGACGAACAAUGUUUAGUAGUACGAGAGUAAGACCAUUGAGCAGAAGUAUUGAUAGUGUUAAAAAUAUACAUCAACAGCAACAUAUAUUACCAACACCAAAGACGCAAAUCAGGAAAGAAAAUGAGCAUAAAGAAUCUGAACCAACUAAUUAUUACCAAUCACCAGUCGAAACUCUUUACUCUACUAAUCCAGAUAUUGAUAUUGUAUAUAAAAAUGAGAACACUUGUUCAGAUCUAGGUGAUGAUGUUGAAGAUACAGAUCUGUUGAAUAUUCCGUUGAAAGAUAAUCCACAACGUGUAUAUCAUCUUGCAUUCCAAGAUGAAAAAUCGGACGAAAUAUCGAAUGAGCUUAGAAUAGUUGAAAAUGAUUUAGACCAAUUAACCGAUUUAGAUAGUUCAAUGGAAAAUAAAAAUAAUAAUAUUGAUCGAGAAAUGGAUCCUAUAACGAAUCACAUUACGUCUUAUACGGAACAAUACAAUACUCCCCCGGCUUCAAAUCUCAUUAAAGUAACUUGUCACAUUGGAACGGAAUCAUCAGACAACAAUGUAUCAACAAAUAAUCAACCAACAGUUAAAGUAACAGCAUAUGUAAAUCGUCGUCAAUCAGAUGAAUUUGAUAAUCAACAAUCACCAUCACCCAUCGCGUCGUCUCCUACCUCAUCCAGUUAUGAUGAAUUAAUGUCAAAUUUUCAAAAUUUAAAUAUUACUGAGACAAAUCAUUAUCAAGAAAACACUGAGAAUAAUUUAGAUGUUAUUGAUAAAAAUUUGAUUGAUGCUGUUGAACGUGCUCUGAAUAUAUCACGAGAUUUAUCAAUAGAUAUUAAACAAGACAACAAUAAUGAAAAUACAAUGGAUAAAAAUCUAACAGAAAUGACUGAAAAAGUAGUCUCUUCAGCUGUGAAUCUAAAUAUGGAUGAUGGAUAUGACAAUCCAAAUAGUCAUUAUGAAAUACCAAACAAUUAUGAAUUAUCGUCCAAUGUGAAUCAUUAUGAUCAAAUUAAUUCUGAUUUUCGUCAAAUUGAAUCACCUACGGUUGAACUUGUCGAUCGAACGGGUGAUAUAUUUGAAGACGGAUUUUACAAAUCAUCACCGUUAUAUGAUCCUCAAUCGUUAACAAAUACUGAUCAAUAUCAACAAUUUCCUGUUGAUUCUACAAUGAUCGUCUCUGGACGUCAUUUGAAUAACAAUAGCGACCCCAAUGUAUCAAAAACAACCGAAAAUCUUUGGUCGUUUGUUGAUGAAAUAACGCGAAAAACACAAGAGUUAGUUGCAAAUGAUGAAUUAAGAACAGCCGAUCCACCAUCUAGUGUAAAUCAAAACGGUAGUCAUCAUUAUAAAAAUGAAGAUAAUAAUUAUUUUCUCCAAAAUAGUGAAGAAAAUAUUGUCGAUAAACAUUUUCGAGAUGCUAUUUGGCCACAUGAUGAUAAUCAUUACAUUUCUCAUGCCAGUGAAACAAAGGAUGGAAAAACAUUAUUAUCGUUAUUGGAUCAAUCUGAAAAAGUACUGAAAGAGAAAAUAUCCAUAUAUAAUAAAGUGAUUGAUGACGAUAGCAGUGCCAACAAAAUCCCUGAAGAUGAUCGUAGAGAUAUAUUGGUGGCUAUUGGUGAAGCAAAUUUAUUACUUCGUGGAAAAUUAAAACAAUUUCGCGAUUUAUGUAAUCAAAAUUUAGUAUGCAUCGAUUUUUUUAUUUUUCUGAAUGCAAAGCAGAGACUUUAUCAUCUUAGCAUAUCCUACGAAAAUUCAUGA